UAGUAAAUAUUUACAUAACUUGGCAUACCAGAAACUGCAGGCUAUUCACGGAGUGAGCUCUGUAAGUGUCAUAGGAUGUAUGCAGUUUUCUUUGUCGCAUUAGCUUGGCUUCCAUGCUGUGUAUCAAGUGCUGUGGAUGCUCCUCCUGUUCUUCUAGUCUCUCUGGACGGUCUAGGAUGGACGUUUACCGGUGGUGAGCAAUCAAAGACUCCAAACCUUGAUAACAUCGCAAGCAAUGGAGUCCAUGCUGAAUACAUGUUAACAGUAACACCGACCAAAACCUGGCCAACACACCAGACGUACGUGACAGGAUUGUACCCGGAGAGCCAUGGAAUCGUCUCGAAUAAUUUCUGGGACCCUCUCUUUAAAGAGAAGUUUAUCUUACAAUACGACUGCUCUAACUUUGACCCCAAGUUUUACGACGCUGCAGAACCCAUUUGGUUAACUUUACAGAAGCAAGGAGGCCGAUCCGGAGUCCAUUUUUGGCCUGGAUUUUAUAGUUACAAAGAAAAACCGAGUUCGUUUGAGAAGCCGACAUGUUUUGUAAACUGCACAGCUUUGAACAUGGACUCUAAAAAUCUUUGGCAGCAUAGAAAUAAAACUCGUUCCGGAUGGCCUCCGUAUAUUCAUUGUUUUGCAAAUCAAAGCUUACCGUACAAGAAUCGCAUAGACAAGAUUUUGAAUUGGCUUCAGGAAAAAAAUCCACCGAAAUUUCUUGCUUUGUACAUCAACGAGCCUGAUUCUUCGGGACAUAGUUUUGGGAUAAACACAGGAGAGUAUGUAGAGGCUAUCAAACGCGUCGACAAGGAUGUAGUAGGGUAUCUGAUUCAGAGACUUCAAAAUGCAAAUUUACUUCACAAGAUAAAUGUCAUCUUUGUAUCCGACCACAGCAUGAUUGAGACGUCUUCAAGCCGAGCGAUAUACUUGAGUGAUUUAGUUGAUACUAGCACAUUCACUAUGUCAGAGCAAGGCGUCAUUGGACACUUGUGGCCUAAUGACCCAAAUCUUGAGGACCAGAUCUACGCAAACCUCACGCGAGUACAGAAUCCGCAUAUGAAAGUCUACAAGAAGAGAGAUAUCCCGUCGAGCUUGCACUGGAAGAAUAAUCGCCGUGUUCCACCGAUUUACAUCGAAACUGAGGUCGGAUGGGUGGUCCAACCGAACCGACCAGCUGCGUCAUCGAACUGGACUAAUGCUGGACAUGGCUGGCAAGCUUCAAAAGAACUCGGAGCGAUUUUCUAUGCCCGCGGUCCUUCCUUCAAGCGGGGUUACAAAACAAAGCAGGCCCUUCAAGCCAUCGAUGUCUAUCCCUUACUGUGUCACCUGCUUGGGAUAAAACCGCUGCCCAAUAACGGUUCACUCGAGAACAUGAAAGAGAUACUUCAUAGUAACCCUAGUAGUGCAUCUGUACGAUGUGUCUUCUCUACCAUCAUUACCUAUGUUGUACCAUUUGUGAUGUUGUUAGCAAUAGUAUAAUAAACUUCACAAAUACUUGGU